CUUUCUCAGAUGGUGACUUCGUUCCUCUCGUUUCCUCCGCCGAAAUCUCGGUCCUCAAAACCCUAAUCCCCAAAUUCACCAGAUAAGUCCUCUUCUGACUUGUUCUCUGUUCAAGAUUUGUGAUUUGAAGUUAAAGUUUGAAGGAUUAGAUGUGUACUUUUGUUUCUGAGCUCAAUAAUGCUAAAUUAGGUGAAAAUUUUGAAGUUUCUCUUUAUUUUCACGUCAAAAUCCCUCCUCUUGUUGUAGUAGGAAAUGGGUUUGGUCUGUAGCGCGUGAAAUUUUAAAAAGUUGAGAUCUAGGAAUGGUUUGUGUUAAACACUGAGGAAAAUUGAGGAGAAAUCCUCGAAGUUUCUAAUUAUUCUCAGAUCAAGAUUCCACCUUUUGUUGUAUUAGCAAGUGGGUUUUGUUUGUAGAGCUUGGGAUCUCAAAAAAGUUGAGAUCUUAACCAAAAUAACAGCAAAAAGGUGGAAAUGGAGGGAAGUUUGCCAACAGGUAGCCUGAUGCCUGGUGCUUCUUAUGGGAUGCUAGAUCUACAAGAUCCCAUCCACAUGCAUCACUCUCAACACCCACAUCCAUCAUAUCACCAUCAUCACCAUCACCAAAACCCUAACCCUAACAAUCCCCAACACCAGAGCUCAAUGGUUCACCCUCAAAUGCAUGAAAUCUAUCCACAUGAAUGUAAUCAGCAUCCGUUGACUCUUCCCAUGAUGGACUACAGCAAAGGAGAUCGAUGUAAGAACUCCGCUAGCGAUGAGGAUGAACCUAGCUUUAGUACUGAAGAUGGAAUCAAUGGCCAUAAUGAAUGUGGAAAAGGGAAGAGAGGAUGGCAAAGGAUGAAAUGGACCAAUUCAAUGGUUAGGCUUUUGAUAACCGCGGUCUCUUACCUGGGUGAAGACGUUGCAACAGAUUGCAAUAGUGGCGGUAGAAAAAAGUGUGCCAUUUUACAAAAGAAAGGGAAAUGGAAAUCAAUAUCUAAAGUUUUGGCUGAAAGGGGUUGUUUUGUAUCGCCGCAACAAUGUGAAGAUAAGUUCAAUGACUUGAACAAGAGGUAUAAGAGACUUACUGAUAUUCUCGGUAGAGGCACGACUUGUAAAGUUGUGGAAAAUCCGGCACUUUUAGAUAUGAUGGAUCAUGUCCCCAAUAAAGCGAAAGAAAUUGCAAGGAAAAUUUUGAGCUCAAAGCACCUCUUUUAUGAAGAAAUGUGUUCGUAUCAUAAUGGCAAUAGAUUGAAUUUACCUGCUGAUCCUGCUUUACAGAAAUCGUUGCAGUUGGCUCUCACGAGUAGAGAUGAGCAUGAUACUAAGAGGGGUGUUCAUGAUGAUCAUGAUGACGAUGAUGACAUGGAUUCUGAUGAUGGGGACGAUGAUGUUGAAGAAACUGGAGGUUCGUUUUUCCCUAAAAGGUUGAAGAAGUCGGAGCUUGAAGAAGAAUACCAUGCUAAGGCUCAGAGUCAAGGCAUUUCGGUUGAUAUGAAUCAAAAUUUUCCAGAAGGAUCAAAGGCUGAUUUGGCUCAAAAACAGUAUAUGAAAUCUCGUAAGCUUCAGUUAGAAGAGCAGAGUUUACAAAUUCAAGCUGAGAUGUUAGAGCUUAAAAGGCAGAGGUUCAAGUGGCUUCGAUUCAGUAAGAAGAAAGAUAAAGAAUUGGAUAAGAUGAGGAUGGAGAAUAAGAGAAUGAAGCUUGAUAAUGAACGGAUGGCAUUGGAAUUGAAGCGCAAAGAGAUGGAGCUUGAUCUUCAUUAGAUGAGAAAUUUGUGCUGUGCUUUUGUUAGGGGCUGAAGUGGUCUUUAGAGUGAAGAUUUUGUUUUGGAAGAAAACAUAGUUAAUAACUUAUGUACGAUGCUUCAUAUUUUGAACCGAUGUAAUGAUAUAUGGAUGAGCUUCAAUUUGUACCUGUCCAUUAUUGUGGAAACAUGGUGGUGAUUUUUGGUUUUGUUUCUUGUGUAAAUAAUUAGUGGGCAAAUUUUUUUCCGCUGUUUUUUAAUCUGAGGAUUCCUUUUCAA